AAUGUUCGAAACGCCACUAAUGAAUUUAUGACAUAACGAUUAGAUUUAUUAACGAUGAGGCUAGCAGGGCAAGGAAAAGAAACUGGAACGGUUUCACUGCAGGCAACCGCUGGUUCAUAUUACUGUGGCGUUGAACAUAGUAAAACUAAUAACCGCGGUUGCAUCCACUUUGUAUCCCUGCAUCGUGAUAACGGCAGCUAAUCUACAAAAACAGACAAACUCCCUCCAACUUGGGUCGUCUCACAAGUAGUCCAUAUGCCCUAAACAGCAACUCCCAAGACCGACGAUACUGUAACUUACGCGGAUAAGACGCAGAUUGGGAAAGCCCGGAUAGAGGAGACGAAUCGGGUGAAUGGGUUUGAGCCAUUUUAUACGAAUAGCCGGUGGAACGCAUCAGAACCGUUUGGUGGCGGACAGAAUAUCAGAAAGUUCCUGCGCAAGUGGCUGACUACAGGUGAUCGUCUGUACCGAGAGACGAGAGACAGCAAGACGAUACGGUGAUACAUCGGUGUUGUGGAUGCUGAACGUGAAGGACUCGUGACGAGGAGGAGGAUCGUGUGUCAAUGAUGAUCGUCGAUGAGCGUUGUGUAGGACAGCAGCCCUGGUAACGAACGGGUUGAUCACGAUGGGUCAAGGCGAGUGUCAGUGCGAGCAAAGUAGAAAGUAUACAUAAGAGGCCUAGGAUACGAGAUAUGAUGGUGAGAUGUUGAUGAGGUGGAUAAAGAGCGUGUGUGAAGAAAGAUGAUACAAUGUCGAGCUUGGAGCCGCAUCUGAAAUAUGCGCGGAAAUGGUUGACGACGGGCGCUAUGGCCACGUCGAGUAAGAGCGUGUGCUCCACCCCUGCCCUCGUGCCUAUACUCUGGGCAGUGGCGUAUGCAUGCCUGAACGUGGAGAAGAACGUGGAGAACUGGUACGCUACAGGUGUGCUGGUCGUCGUUGAGCACGGCGAGGAGAGGAUAGGGCU